UCUGCGUGGAAUUAAUAUUUGAAUAUUCGUAUUUUUCAGUACUUACAAGUUUAUUAGUAGUGACCGACGAAGCGCCGCAAGAUAUCAGACACAAGAAUCACGAUGAGCGUCCCAGAGAGGCUUACUUCAACGGGUCGGCAUUCCUGAAAUUGAGCUCGUUCGUGUCCGUGCACAGGCACAGCGGAAUGAGUUUUCGAACUUGCGAGGGUGGCCGACUGUUCGUGCAAAAGUACAACGAGGACUCGAUCAGCCUCGAGGUGACCCCGGACGGGCUUCUGUUCGCCGCCAUGGUCGACCAGCAGAGAUACAAAGCGAGGCUGAACGCCAGGCUGUUGAACAACGCUUGGCACAAUGUCAAUCUAUUUUUCAGACUCGGGAAUCUCACCUUAAACGCGGCUGGACACACUCAGGUGAUCGCCAACGCAACGUACAACGCUGCGAUUCUUACGUUGCCCGAUUACGACAUGAACGGGUCUCUCAUCGUGGGUGAAGGAUUCAAAGGGUGCAUCCUGCAGGGCCCUGGGAUUCUUUUCAACGACACGAUGAAUAACGGGGCAGUUUUUGGCCCCUGCCCUGCGGAAAAUAAAGGAUGUAAGGAUAUCUUUCUCAUUCAACGUACGAAUCGAAAAUCCGCGAAGAAAGAUAGUAGAAAAUCUAUAGAAUCUAGAUAGAUAUAAGUCAUACAU